AUGGAAGUAGUAAAUCCGAAGAAAGUCUUAAACCAGCAAGAGACUGAUGUUGAGAGCGAGACGGACCAAGUUGAAUCAAGUUGCUCCAAGCAGGCGAAGUCCCUCGAGAACUACUUAUACCACUUAGCCUGCCUUGACCCACCACAUUUUCCACUUCUUAGAGAAGAUUCAGGUGUUGACCUCACACCAUGGUCAACACCAUGUAGGUGCUUACAGCUCUGGUAUGUCAGAAACUGGCAAGAGAAAGAAGAUGACAAAGUUGCCCCUAACUCGACCAAUCAGAUCUCAUUCAUUAGUCUUCCAUGGAGGUCACGGCUAUCAUUAAUUGUGACCGUCGUGGUUGGUCGGAAUCCGUCCGCGGUAGGUCCAAAUCAGUUGGAAACAGUUGGCACAACAUUCCAGUAUUCCAACUCAAACAAAAAUUAA